AGCCGCCCGGCGGGCGCAGGCGCCGCAGCCGUUCGCCUCAGCGCCAUGGCCGGCGGGGGGCCGGCGGCGUUCCUCGGCGCUGUCGCUUGCCUGUGCUUCCUGGCCCCGGGGGCUGAGGGCUUCAAGAAGAGAGGACCCAGCGUGACAGCCAAGGUGUUCUUUGAUGUGAAGAUUGGAGACAAAGAUGUUGGCAGAAUUGUAAUUGGAUUGUUUGGAAAAGUUGUGCCAAAGACUGUGGAGAACUUCAUUGCGCUGGCAACUGGAGAAAGAGGAUAUGGAUACAAAGGAAGUAAAUUUCAUCGUGUGAUCAAAGACUUCAUGAUUCAAGGAGGAGACUUUACAGCUGGAGAUGGAUCAGGAGGUAACAUGCUUGGUAUCUUCUAGGUUCCCUUUCCUUUCUUUGAAUGUCUGUGGAAAAGAUGGGCAAAUUAGCAGAUUGUCUUGGUCUUUCAGCUCACAUAAAUUAAAAAAAAUCCAACAAACCAACAACCACCAUUUGUUUUAGAGCAUCUAGUACUUUUCCAAGCAUCUUGGAACAUAAGCUGCAGUCAUUUUGAUAACCUGAUUAUAAGUAUGUGUAGAGCUUCCUUUAUCCUAAAUUUUUGCAGAUCUUUUCUGUUUGUGGCUUGUCUCUGUUGAAGAAGCAUGGCUUUGUGUGGUGGGCUGGCCCACCAGCUGAGCUGCUCCUGCAACAUACUGUCUCCAAAAGAUGGAUGUCUCCACCCUUCCUCUGCUCUGGCUUUUCGACAGCAUGUUCCUUCCCUGAGGCACUCACUGAUGGCAUGUAGACCUGAACCAAUUCAAGUCAUCUGGCAGAAAACUACUCUGAGAGGAAAUGGUGAAAGUAUGUAGAGGGAAGGCAGGUGGGGAAGGAGUAGGCUGUCCUCUCUGCCCUCGGCUCAGCCAGUUCUGUGGAACCUCCUUAAAAUGUGUGAUGGGAAGGAAUUUUAAAAAGGAGUAGAGAAAUUAAAAAAUGAGGGUCAUGCCCUCUCCUCUUUUUUCCUCUUAAUGAGUUUAAAACCGUGAAUUUACUGGUGGUGCGAGUUCUGGUGUGUGCAUCACUUCUCCCCUCCUGAGCCUCCAGAAGACCAGUUGAGUCCACACAGAAGAGCGAUCCCAGGGCAGCAUCUCUUGUUGCGUGCACUCUGGCUUCUGAUUUCUUGUCUUCCUUUACACACACAUUCUUUAUGUGCUACAAUUUGAACUGUCUGCAUAAAGCGUUAGUGAUUUCCCCGCUGGGACAGAAUGGGAAACACGCUUUUCCUUGCAGCAAACAAUGGGGAAGGCUAAAAUACCAAAGAUAGGGUUUUAGCAUUAAAGGUAGGCAGUGUUUGUUUGCCUGCUAAUACUGUUUAUUGGGAUAGCAUCUGCAGGUUUUGGGAGCAGCAUCAUGCUAGGCGCUGUACAAAUAAAGAAUGGGAUGGUCAGCCUUUUCAAAGUGAUGGUGGUUUAAACAUGACUCAAAUGUUUUCUCUUCUGAACUGUCUUAGAAACAUCAAAAUCCUUAUGUAAUGAUUGUACAAAUCCACUCCGAGUCCUUUAGGCUAAUUUCCAUUUGGUCUUCGUAUAUUUCUAAACAUGUCUAAAGCAAUUUCAUAUUAGGAGGAAAAGUUGUAAAAGUAAAGACUAAAAUUGUCACAAAAUGUGGCAACCUUACUUUCAGCAUAUUUUACGUAAUUUAAAUUUGUUGUUCAGUGCCAUAUGGAAAGAGGACGUUUGAAGAUGCUCAGCUUGCCUGUUAAAUUCAAAGGAUAAAACAUCAUCAGCUUUAAAUAUUCUCUCCUUAUAUGUGGUGUUUAGCUUAUCUUUAGGCACAAAAUGCUCCAACUCUAAAAAAACUCAGUGAAAUUCAGUGAAAUCAUCUAUGGCAAUGAAACAGUGAUGUUGCUGUACUUACUCGACCAAUGAAUCUUCAAGUCCUGAAUUUAUGCUUUGUUUUUCCCAUUUUUGAACAAAAAGGUUUUGUUUUGUUUUUUUGUUGGAUGUCUUUUUAAGUGUGCUUUCUUGUUUU